CACCCUUAACGCGCACCGACAAACACUUUUGGACUUUUCGGUGCAAGGAGAGGACCCACUCGGUUCUUGGCGGAGUAUAUUCCAGAAAGUUCGACUUUUUUACGUCCUCUUCGAUUAAUCGCCUGCAUUCAGGCGUAAUUGCAGUUUUUAUUGAGAAUAACGGCGCGUUUCAGUGACAUUGAGGGGUCUUUGGUGCGUCCCAGGUGGGGUUUAAUCAUGCUUUAAAAAAAAAAAAAAAAAAAAAUCUGCGCUGCGUGGGACUCGUUUUGCACAAGUGGAACUAUGCGAGGGUAUCGCACCAGAGUGGCGCAUCUCAGGUUGCUGCUGCUGCUGUGCGUGGGCGUGGGCGUCCUCGCCACGGGAGUGGACGCAGGUGGAAAGAAGCACAGCGGUCCAUGUGGAGGAAGAGACUGCAGCAGUGGUGGCUGCAAAUGUUUCCCAGAGAAAGGUGCCAGGGGUAACCAUGGGCCUGUUGGUCCUCAAGGCAACACGGGGCCCCCAGGGAGACCAGGAGAUCCAGGCAUCGAAGGACCAAAGGGGGAGAAAGGUGACGCUGGCCGAGGUGGCAUGAUGGGCCCUAAAGGAAACAUGGGAAUGACUGGUGUACCUGGCUUCUCUGGAAACGAUGGGAUUCCAGGCCAUCCAGGAAGCGCUGGAUCCAGGGGGAAGCCCGGAGCAGACGGCUGUAACGGAACACACGGAGAAUCCGGCUUCCCGGGUCUGCUCGGCCGUGGCGGAGCACCCGGUUUCCCCGGACAACUGGGCAGGAAGGGGGAGAAGGGCGACACCUUGGACGUGGCCGUGUACUUACGGAGAUUCAGGGGCGAUCCAGGCACACCAGGCGCUAAUGGAAUAUAUGGUCCUCCUGGCAAUAGAGGAUGGCAGGGCAACCCAGGCCUCACAGGACCAAAGGGUCCACCGGGGCCCCCAGGUCCACCUGGUCCAAAGGGCACCAUGACGAAGGUGUUCAAGGGGGUUAAAGGCAGCCAGGGGGAGAUCGGACCCCCAGGGAUCGCGGGUAACUCCACUCAUCCCCACACUCUGCCCCCUUAUGGAUCUUUGGGACCUACUGGCCCCAAGGGUGUUAAAGGAGAACAAGGAGAUCUGGCUGACAACAAGGGGGAGAGUGGCAUUAUGGGAUUCCCUGGAUCCCGAGGUCUACCUGGGGCACCUGGGAGGUCUGGACCAAGGGGAGACAAUGGCGAACAAGGACCAUUAGGCAGACCUGGUCCAAAGGGUGUGAUGGGUGAGGCGGGUGACCUGGUUCCAGACGGAUCCUGGUCCUGGUUUUCAGCAGGUAUGUCAACUGAUGAGCUUAGAAACAUCCAAUUGGGCAAGUCGAGCAAGUCUGAUACAGGUGCGCAGGGUGUACAAGGUGAAAGGGGCCCCAUAGGAGACCAAGGCAUUCCCGGACCACCAGGGCGUCUCGCUUCUCACACACAGCAACAAGUGUUUGAUUUCGCCGGACCAUUUGGAAAGAAGGGUGAGCCAGGGGAGAAGGGCCAACAUGGUGAACCCGGACGUUCCGCUGUCACUGGAGGAUCUAAGGGCUUCCCUGGUCGACCAGGUUCCAGGGGGCCUCCAGGAUCAUGGCAAGAGUUCUUCAAGGGGUCCUCCGGAGCUAGAGGAAGGCCCGGGAAUGCGGGCUUCAAAGGAGUGAAAGGUGAUCACGGACUAUGCGAAUGCAUCGUCAACAACUCCCCAACCGGACCCCCCGGCCUCGCCGGUGACACUGGAGACGCCGGAAUGACCGGCGAGUUUGGUCGAGAGGGUGAUGUUGGAGACCCGGGUCCCCCCGGAUUGGACGGAGUCUCCGGAACUCCAGGAGUCCCUGGUGAGCCAGGUCCAAAAGGCAGAAAAGGAGACACAGCGGUGGCAACUCAGAAGGGAUAUCCUGGAGACGCUGGGAUUUUCGGCCAGGAUGGUGAACCGGGACCUCCAGGGGCUUCAGGCCUUGUUGGUCGGCCCGGUUUUCCUGGUAAUCGAGGACUUCCAGGAAACGAUUCCAAAGGAGAGAGCGGAGACAAAGGUUUUGCCGGUCAACCUGGUCAACCUGGUGCGCCUGGACUAAGAGGAGAGCCAGGUCAAGACCUGGAGGGUCUCAAAGGGCAGCCUGGUUUACCCGGCGAUGCUGGCCUCAACGGUUACCCUGGAGUUCCUGGAACACCUGGCAGACCAGGCGGCUGUAGUCCAACAGGAGAUGGAGGACAGUGGGAUGUGACAGGUAGUCCGUGCAACACUUUCCCAGGACCUCCUGGACUGCCUGGUUUUACUGGUCCGAGAGGGUUACCUGGUCUCCAAGGUCUUCCAGGUGAAAAAGGGGUUCCAGGUGCAUUAGGACUACAGGGAGAGAAAGGAGAAGUAGGAGACUACGGCCCAGGUGGCCGUCCGGGACCGCCAGGUUUUACUGGCCCCCGUGGUGAUUUGGGCUUACCCGGGAGAAAGGGGUCAGUUGGAGCUCCAGGCGUUCCUGGGCUGGCUGGACGCAACGGAGCACCUGGUGACAAAGGAAUUCAUGGUGAAAUCUUGGGUGCAGCGCCAGGGCCGCCUGGUGACCCAGGAUUGUAUGGGCUGCAAGGAAAUAAAGGUCAUGCCGGAGGUCAAGGCGAGCCGGGCUAUCCAGGAAUGGGGGGCAUGCCUGGUAUGAUUGGUUCCAAAGGCAUCAUUGGCCCUGCAGGCCCACAGGGGGUAGAAGGAAGUCCUGGACCACCAGGUACUUAUGGAUACCCUGGAGAUUUUGGCAAAGCUGGUUCACCAGGGCUGCGGGGUGCCAUUGGACAACCAGGCUUAACUGGAGAAAGGGGAACAGAGGGAAACCCAGGUCCUCCAGGUCCAUUUGGAGUGUCAGGGUUCCCAGGGGAGCCAGGUAAUGAUGGGGUUACUGGAGAGAAAGGCUCACCGGGUAACCUAGGACAGCCGGGACUUGAUGGACGACCCGGAGCUCUAGGAAUGAAAGGAUAUAAAGGGUCUCCUGGCAUGUCAGGCUUUUCAGGGGUCAAGGGUAAUACAGGUAUAAAAGGAUUCAGUGGGGUCAAAGGGGACACUGGACUACCUGGCCAAAUAGGCCCUAAAGGAAUACCCGGUCAAAGUGGAGAAAAAGGUGAUCGUGGUUUAAGGGGUCGACCCGGGGAGAAGCCAGAAAUCCCUGCAAAGAUGAUUGUCGACAUGAAAGGCAUUAAGGGCGAUUGUGGAAAACAAGGAAAUCAAGGAUUCACCGGGCCAAGAGGCUUGAAGGGUUUACCUGGUGUUCCAGGCCUUGAGGGAGGCCAUGGAUUCCCUGGGGAUCCCGGUCAUGAAAAAGGUUCUCAUGGGGAUCCUGGUGCACAGGGGUUAUCGGGGUUAAAGGGAAUGCCAGGUCGUACCGGAACGCAAGGAAUUUCUGGCUUUGUGGGGAUGAUUGGUAAUAAGGGCUUCAAAGGAAGUCCUGGUGCUUACGGUGCAUCAGGAGAUAAGGGCAGGAAGGGAAUCAAAGGUACCAGGGGUCCUCGCAUCGACAUCCCAGGAGCAACUGGACUAAGAGGAGAACUUGGUUCCGUAGGUGACCCAGGUGAGAAAGGAUCAAUUGGAGUGCCUGGAGACAGGGGAGUUCCUGGUUUUCAUGGUAUCGAGGGGAAAAGGGGACAUCCAGGUGAUGCAGGCGAUGUAGGAUAUACAGGCUCGGAUGGACAGAAAGGUACUCCAGGUAACCAAGGGCAGAAGGGUUUUCCUGGACCAACUGGAAAAGAAGGGUCCUCAGGUUUACCUGGCUUUCCAGGAACCAAAGGCUUCCCUGGUCUGGUUGGUCUUUAUGGAUUAGAUGGAUUGAAAGGACAAAAGGGUGUCUUUGGAAUCCCAGGUUUGGAUAUCAUUGGACCAGCUGGCCACCCCGGGACCAAGGGAGAAAAAGGGGAGGGCGGCAACACCAACACUCAGGCAGGUUUGCCAGGUGUCGCAGGUUUGAAAGGAUUUCAAGGAGACUUUGGUGACCAAGGUCAUCCUGGACCAUCAGGGUUCCGUGGACCUGUAGGACCAGAUGGGAAGACAGACAGACCAGGAACUGCUGGGGAUAAGGGCUUUCACGGGACUAAAGGUUAUCAAGGUCUCCCUGGGCCCAGAGGUUUUCCUGGUAUUGAUGCUGCCCCUGGAAAAAAGGGUAUAGUGGGAAUACUCGGGUUUCCCGGAGUCCCUGGCAGGAAAGGGUUCAAUGGUGACCAAGGUACACCCGGAUAUAGAGGACAGACUGGGAUAUCUGGGAAGAAAGGUGACAAAGGAGAACAAGGCUCAAUGGGGAUUCCUGGUACGAUUGGGGUCAAAGGCGAGAGAGGCCCAACUGGACCUGAGGGAGAUGCUGGACCUCCAGGUUUCCGUGGGUUACCAGGAAACCAGGGAUUAGCUCCACUGCCUAUUACACUCCCAGGAGAGAGGGGGCCUUCAGGACCACAGGGCAUCCAGGGGCCGAGAGGCGUCCAAGGGGAACCAGGACCACGAGGACCCCCUGGGGAUGCUGGUUUUUUUGGGCCCGCUGGGCAGAAGGGCAUGCCCGGAAUCGGUGGCAGACCGGGAACGCCUGGAUUCCGUGGCGAGCAAGGUCAGGUGGGCCAUGCUGGUCUACGAGGCAUGGAAGGUCACUCUGGCAAAGCAGGCAUCCCAGGAUUGCCCGGCAUGCCUGGUCGUAGUGUCAGCGUGGGCUACUUACUGGUCAAACACAGUCAGACCGAGCAGACCCCCAUGUGCCCAGUGGGGAUGUCUAAAUUAUGGGGGGGAUACAGUCUCUUGUACCUGGAGGGACAGGAAAAGGCUCAUAAUCAGGAUCUAGGCUUGGCCGGCUCGUGCCUCCCACGUUUCAGCACCAUGCCUUUCCUCUACUGCAACCCGGGAGACCUCUGUUACUACGCCAGCAGGAACGACAAGUCCUACUGGCUGUCCACCACCGCCCCGCUUCCCAUGAUGCCCGUGGAGGAGGGCGACAUCAAACCGUACAUCAGCCGCUGCUCAGUGUGCGAGGCGCCGUCGGUUGCCAUCGCCAUCCACAGCCAGGACAUCAACAUCCCGCAGUGCCCCGCGGGAUGGCGCAGCCUCUGGAUCGGCUACUCCUUCCUGAUGCACACGGCGGCAGGAAACGAGGGUGGCGGUCAGUCCCUGUCGUCGCCAGGUUCCUGCCUGGAGGACUUCCGCACGUCGCCGUUCAUCGAGUGCAACGGGGCCAAAGGCACGUGUCACUACUUCGCCAACAAGCACAGCUUCUGGCUGACCUCCAUAGACCAGUCCUUCCACACCCAGCCGGCAUCAGAGACGCUCAAAGCGGGUCAGCUCCUGUCGCGCAUCAGCCGCUGCCAGGUCUGCAUGAAGAACUUGUGAAAAAGGAAACCUUCUUCUCGCUUUCUUUGUCAUAAAGCAAUGGAUCUGACGCCACUCGUGCAUGCAAAGACUUUGUUUGGUGCCUUGAGCUGCCAUAAUGAAGCCAGCGACGUUAUGGUUGUGUUUUAUAGAUUUGAUGUGUCUGGUAUGGUGCUUCCUUUUUUAACUUAUUACCUCAGACUGUUCACUACUUCUUCCAGCAAACAUGCUUGUGAGUCUUAAAGCCACUAACUCCAUACUAUCGUUGCUUAUUACUACGUCACUAUUAUUUUAUCCCCCAUGUUACAUGCACUUCUAGUAUGAGUUAUAGCCAGCGUCAUCUUCCAUGUCCAUGCACUGAUUCUCUUGUUUGGAAGUAUCCGACUGAACCUGACCCUUCCCCCUUCCAUUGGAUUUGUAUUUCCCUUGUUAAAUUUUACCAAUCCACAAAUGAUUAAACUACCAGGUGCACACGCGGCGUAAACAACCUUGAAUCCAAAGUCCAAAAUGGUUUGAUCUGAGCUGUUUUUAUUUCAAAAGAGGGUGUUUGGUUCGUUUUUGGCAAAUAAUCACACGCAAGUCAGUCAAACCGAAUAUAAGACGGUCUUUUUGUUCCCCUUGAUGAGUUGAUUUGUAUUCAGUCGAGAAGCUUCAACAUAUAGGACAACAAAACGUAUAAUCUGUGGUCUUACUCUUUUUUUUACACAAACCAACCAGCAGGUGGCGCCAAACGUCAUCUACCCAUCAAGACAGAGCUUUUCUACCGGAAUACAGCAACAGUAGUACCUCAGUUUACCAGCUUUUCAGGAUACGAGCGUUCUCUCGGUUAGUUGUUAUGCUUUAAAUUGUCAGCAAAAAAUGGGGUUACGGGCCUCCCCAACUCGAGUAAAAGUGACAAUGAACAACGUAAAAUCCAACCAAAACAUCCAGUGUCUUACACGCUAGUGUUAGCCUAUAGCUAGAAAGAAAUAAAAAAUACUUUUUCCAAGCAUGUAAAGGUUGGUGCCAAACAGACGAAGCGGCUGGUGUCAUUAAAUUAAAGAAAUAAAUAAUUUAAAACAUGACCGGGCUCGUAGUCGACUUUUACUGCGACAAUAAUCUGUGCUAUAAUGAAGCCAAAUAAGUUGAUAACACCAAAAUAAUAACACGGCAGGUAUUUGUGAAAAAUACAGAGAAGCUGCUGAUGGUGUGUUUGACGGAGAAGCAGUACAAACUGCAGAAUUCCACUUUACAAAGUAAAUGCUGUACAUUAUUAUACUACUUUGUUUUCCAUUCAAUAUUUCUUAUCUUGGGCAGAAAGGAAUAAUUGGAUUUCCAUUGAAUUCAAUGAGGAACAUCAUUUUUAAAAUACAACUAUUUUAAGUCGGGAGCUCCGUCAGAGAACCAAUUAAACUCGUAGAAUAAAAUGUGCUACUGUAAACCGAUCCAAAAGAUCUGAAAAAAAAAACAGAUUGACGUUUUCCUAUAAUAAAAAAUGUAAAUGCAAUUAAUCCAUUUCAAACAUAUUAACGCAAAACAUUUUACAGAGUAUAAUUAUAGCUUUUUUUUAAUGCAAAAAACAAUAUUUACAUAUAAAUGACAAGUUAAAUGUCACUUUCUUGUAAACGUGUUGGCAAAGACUGCGAUGGGCGAAGAGGGGUAAUGGGGAAGGGUAAGCCACACAGACACAACUUUGAUACUUGGCUACUAAUUCUUUCUCACCUUUUUUUUAAUCAAAGUGCUGGCACUCAACAUUAUUUGGCCCCAUAGUAGAUUAUUUUGCAGUCGUACGAAAAAAACCUGAGGGAAACAAUGGACUAGUUGUGUAGGAUUUUAUCUGAAAUGUUUGUGGAACACCCAAAUAAUGCAAAAAGUGUGGCAUACAAAAACAGAGGUACCACUGUUCUUUUUCCCAUAGAAAAAAGUAAGAGAUCAAAUAUUGGUCGUCUUGUAUUCAGUCUAGAAAUUUAAACAUGCAAACUAACCAGCAGGUGGCACCAAACGACUUCUCCUCAAGCAAGUCUGAGCUUUUCUUCCAGUCAUUCACACACCACUGACUGGAGAGCUGCAGAAAGACCUGUUUGGAAAAACAUUGUGUCACCAAGUUUGUUAGCAUGUCAGCAGUGUUUAAUUUCAAGAUAAGUCGAUGAACCGUCAACCAGUUAAGAGGAUUUGCUGAUUUUGAAAACAUUACAACAUAUUUUUUGUUGCCUUCUAUUCAGGUCGAUGUGGUAUUAAACAUACAGUAAUACAAAUAAAUCCAUGAUUAUCUUAUUAUAUUUGAUCAAAUGAGUCCAAGGGCUGUCAUUUCAUGGAGACUGUCGCCAACUGCAAAAUAAAAAUCUUUAUU